UAUAUUUAGACGUUCAAAAUAUAUGGCCGUACUUGAUUCUUCCGUAGCAAAUAUUCCUCACAUUUUAUUUUAUGUACGCUUUACCGAAUGAACUUAUAGUUUAUUCUUUUCGCUGUGAAAUAUACUCCCACUAUUUUAAUAUUUAUUAUUUAAAAUGUGCUCUCUAUUUAAAAUUCUAGAUUUCGGGAUAAAGUGAAUUCUCUAGAAAAAGUGCUACAUCAAACACAAUAUGACAGCUUUACGUACCUUAUAUAAAUGACCCUUAUAGACCCUUCAAUACAUCAAACACGGAAACUCAUCAAAGUCACUUCUUAUCUUUACCAAGAGACAUCAAGCUCCCUAUUAUAAGUUCUUCAACUUUCCAAUAGUCAUCAUCCCUAGUAUAUCUCUUAUCUCAAUCAAGACACUCAGUUUGAUACUUUGAGGCUUCCAAAACUCUUUCACAUUAUAACAUUAAUGGAGAAGCUACAGAAGAUGAUUUCCGGAAAGUCGGUAGUUAUCUUUAGCAAUAACUCUUGCUGCAUGUCUCACACAAUCAAGACUCUCUUCUUAGACUUCGGCGUCAACCCGACGAUCUAUGAGCUAGACGAGAUCAGCAGAGGAAAAGAGAUUGAGAAGGUAUUGGCUCAGCUCGGCUGCAGCCCAACCGUUCCGGUGGUGUUCAUAGGAGGGCAGCUCGUUGGUGGAGCCAAUCAAGUUAUGAGUCUUCAUCUCAAUCGUUCUCUCGUUCCGAUGCUUAAACGCGUUGGGGCUUUGAUUUAAAUAUAAACUUAAUUAAGAACGUACUUUAAUCAUCUAUAAUGUACUAGACUAGUCAAAAACUGACAAUAGCACAAUACAUGUAUGAAUCAAUUAAAAUAAUAAUAUGAAUGUAUGAAUAUGUUUCUCUUGUC